UUGUAGAUCAGUCAGACAAAUUACCCAUGAUACAUUGCAGUUCUGAUCCUCGCAACGCGGCCAUUGCGUUCAUACAGCGCUCAGCUACGGUGCUCAAAUCACAGGUGUCCCAGUCUGCUCUGUGGUCAGGAUGGGGGUGAAGGAGCGUCCUCAGUGCUACUUUGAUGUGGAGAUCAACAGAGAACCAGUUGGACGUAUAGUUUAUCAACUGUUCUCCGAUGUCUGUCCCAAGACGAGCAAGAACUUCCUCAGUUUGUGCACUGGUGAGAGAGGAACUGGGAAAAGCACAGGGAAAAAACUGUGUUUUAAAGGCUCCACGUUUCACAGAGUUGUAAAGAACUUCAUGAUACAGGGAGGAGACUUCACCGAGGGCAAUGGAAGAGGAGGGGAAUCCAUAUAUGGAGGCUACUUCGAAGACGAGAACUUUAUUCUCAAACACGACCGAGCUUUCCUGUUGUCCAUGGCCAACCGCGGCAAACACACCAACGGGUCACAAUUCUUCAUAACCACCAAGACAGCACCUCAUCUCGAUGGGGUCCAUGUGGUGUUUGGCCUGGUCAUCUCAGGCUUUGAGGUGAUCAAGAGGAUUGAGGGUCUGAAGACGGACGGAGCCAGCAGGCCGUAUGCUGAUGUUAGGGUUAUGGACUGUGGUCAACUCAUCACUAAGUCAGCCAACGAUGAACUGCGGCAGAGGCCUCCUCCCUUCCCAAUGACCUGAAGCAGUCAGUCACCAAGUCUGGACGCAAGAUCAAAGGCAGAGGGACGAUGAGGUACCACACCCCGACGUGCUCUAAAUCGCGCUCGGCUUCGGAGGAGGAGGGACAAGGAAGCAGCGAAACUCCUCCCCACUGGAAGGAGGAAAUGCAGAGAACCAAGACCUACCAGCCACCCAGCGCAGAGAGAUGGAGCCGAGGAGAGAAAUGGGAGGGAGACGGCACCAGGAGUGACUCCCCAUGGUCCCAGUCCCCGGAGUGCUCCUCAGGCCACAGCUCUGACCGCUCCAGCCAGCACCGCAAACACAGGAAGGAGAAGAAGAAAGCUAAGCGCAAGAAGGCCAAGAAACGCAAACACGCCAAGAGACAAAAAAAGGAGUCCACCAAGAGCAAAGAGCCAAAACAGUCGCCCGUCCGAGAGGGUCAGGGGUCAAAUCCUGGUGAUAUUGAGAGAAGGUCCCUCUCCGUGUCCCGGACCCCUUCCGCCCACAGACGCUCCCCCAGGAAGCAGUGCUCCGGGUCGGGCAAGCGGCGUCACUCCUCCCCUUCAUCCAGAGACUCCAGUUCCUACACACCUAGCCGCUCCAGAUCCAGGGGCAGGUCUAUGUCUUACUCCCAGUCCAGGAGUCUGUCUCACUCCAGAAGCAGGUCUCUAUCCAUGUCAAGGUCCACAUCCAGGUCUCGAUCCAGAUCCCGGUACAGAUCCAGGUCCAGGUCUUUGUCCCGGCUCAGGAGGAGAAAGGCAACCAGAUCCUCCAAGAAGCCCAAGAUGGCUGACGUCAGCAGGCUAAAGCCAGACGCCGCAGGGGCAGUGAAAGGUGUAGAGACCAAAGGCACCGCCCUCCCUGCCACCCCAGCCCCUGAGAACGCCCCUGUCAUACCCAUGAGUGACAGUCCCCCUCCCUCACGCUGGAAGCCCGGCCAGAAACCAUGGAAACCCUCCUACGUCCGAGUCCAGGAGGUCAAGACCAAGACGACCCCAGUCUGCCUGUCCCCCAUAGGCCCCACAGCCCCCAGUACAUCUGAGACCCACCCAGAGAACUCCCACCUGGAAAAGAGCCGUGGCUCUAAGAGCCACAGACACCAGAGAAGAUCACCCAGCGGCUCCUACAGGAGCAGGUCCUACAGCCGGUCUCACAGUCACUCCAGGAGUCACUCCAGGAGUCACUCCCGGUCCAGGAUACGGUCACCAGGUCACUACUACAGCAGAUCCUCCUCCUACAGCAGGUCAGACUCCUAUGACUCUCACAAGAGAGGCCUAGACAAGACUUUAGACAAGACUAUAGACAAGGGCUGGAAGCAGUACUAUAACUCUCUGAAGCGGAUCAAGAACCUGGAUAAGUACCUCAAAGCGCCUGACUCCCAGAUCAACAUGUUUUCAUCUGACUCUGAGGACGGAACAGCCAGCGAACACAGUCCUGGGCCCAGGCAGAAUGGCUCCAAGGGACCGAAGCUCUUUGGCACCUUAUCAGAAGACCAACGCCGCCAGGAAACGGAAGCAAAAAGUCUGAAACCAAACCAAAAGUCCUUGGAGGAACCCAGCAGUAGGUCAGAGUGGGACAGUGACGGGGAUAAACUAGGCAGAAAGACCAGCCUGGUGAACAACCAGAAGCCUGAUGUUAGGUCAGCAGAGAUUCCUGACCAGAGACUAGCAGCUCUCGCUGGGUGGGACUCUGAGAGCGACUCUGAGAAGGUGCUGCCCAAGAUGGCCACCACCGAGCCCAAGGUCUUCCUGUCAGAGAAGGAGGAGGGCGAGGCCAGCUCCGAGUCAGAACACGAACACCAUGUGCGGUCACACAGCAAGAUGAACAAAGCCCCUGGAACCUCUGUGUUGCUGCUUCCUGCACCUGUACAUAAUGCCACCCCAUUGGAGGGGAGCCCUGAGAAGGGCCCUGAGGCAGAGAGACAUAAAAGCAGGAAGAAGAACAAACGUAAACACAAACGCAAGAGGAGGAGCUCUGCCAAGUCUGGCUCCCACAGGUCAAAGGUCAAGUCGAAGCGGUCCAAGAGGAAACACCAGAAGCUGAAGGAGACAUUCCACUGGCAGCCGCCAAUGGAGUUUGGAGAGGAAGAGGAGGAGGAUGAGUCCCAGAAAGAAAAACGUUUGGAGCAAAAACAUGCUGCUGUAAAGGAUAGUCCUCAGAGAGCUGUCAGGGGAAGACCUGGCAAAUCCCCACGUCUGGAAAAGGAGGACAAGGAAAGUCCUGCUUCACCCAACAGAAACAGUGCAGUACAGCCAACGCCUCACAGCGUGGAAGACGCAGCAGAGAUGACCAAAGAACUGAAAGCUAAACCAACUGCCAACUCAAUCCCAAAACACACAAAACCUCAGGACCUCACUGCUAACCUGCCAAAGAUGGAUCAGCCAGAGAUGGUAGACGAUAUGGAGAUCUGUACCCCAGAACAUGACCUCCCUGACCCCGCAACCGAGCCACCAGGCCUUCCGGGCCAACAGGCACCAGAUAUCAGUCUGAAAACACCUCUGAGUCGCUCCUUAAAGAAGGGAGACGUGUUUCUCUCACCUGUUAAAGAUCCACAGUGUACAGCCUCUCUGCCAGCUGUGAUGCUAGCUAGUGUCGAGCAGCAGGAAACUGCAGCAGGCAGAGCCGCUGGUCCUCCUGUCGACCCCAAAUGGAAGCCUCUAAAGGGGAUGGCUGCUCUGCAAGCCCUGAACCCAAACCCCUCCUCCGUGGCUCAUCUGCUCCCCACCAGACUCCCGGAGCACAGUGGGUCCCGGACCCAGCCCCAGGAAGGCAUCAGGCCCCAGGGUAGCAGGACCCAGAGCCAAGGCGGGAGGACCCAGGGAGGAGUGAGCAUCCAGAUUAAGAGCCAGAGCCGGGUGCGUCCGGGGUCGCUUUUCGACGAGGUACGGAAGACGGCCAGACUGAACCAAAGGCCCAGGAACCAGGACAGCAGUUCCAGUGAGGAAAGGUCUGCAGCUGGAGCCGGGGGAGGGGCCACGGAGGAGAAGCGGGGCAGCAGGAGGUCCCGGUCGGGGUCUAGCCAUUCCCACAGGUCCCGGUCCAGAGGAAGAUCCCCCUCCUCCAGCCGCUCCAGGAAUAGAUCCCCCUCCUCCAGCCGCUCCAGGAAUAGAUCACGCUCCUCCAUGUACUCCUCCAGGAGUCGGAGCAGGAGUAGGAGGAGGUAUCCCAGAGGGCGCUCCCGGUCCCGCAGCAUCACCUACCGCAGCUACAACAGUCAUAGUCGGACCUAUAGUAGAAGUAAUUCCAGGAGCCGUUCCCAUGAUCGACGCAGGAGAUCCAGGUCUGACUCCUAUGACACUUCCUCCAGUCGGAGUCGUAGCCGCAGCUCCAGCAGGAGACGUGGGAGAAGGAGUGAUCGCUCCAGGAGCUCCAGGUCCUACCACUCCUCUAGUCGCAGCUCCUCCCGACACUGGAGUCACAGUGGAAGAUACAGCUGAUCUGGAUCAUGUCUGUUACUGUCUCUGUCCUGGUGAUUCAUGAGUCUGUUUCUGUCCUGGUGAUUCAUGAGUCUGUCUCUGUCCUGAUGAUUCAUGAGUCUGUCUCUGUCCUGAUGAUUCAUGAGUCUGUCUCUGUCCUGAUGACUCAUGAGUCUGUUUCUGUCCUGGUGAUUCAUGAGUCUGUUUCUGUCCUGAUGAUUCAUGUGGGCUGAUCUGGUUCAUGAUUCAAUCUCUGUCCUGAUGAUUCAUGUGGGUCUAUACAGCUAUCAUGCCUACUCCCUGUCACUCGGUGUCACACCGAACUGGACUAGAGUACAAACAGGUCUGGGACCAGGCUACUUUACAUGCCUCCUUUUGUUCUCUCAUCUUCUAUUGGGAACUUAUUUGUUUACUUCUUAUAUAGAGGGAAAAGUAAUGACCUGUAUGUCAUUUGUGUGGCUAUCAGAAAGUGUUCAUACCCCUUGACUUAUUCCACAUUUUGUUAGAACCUGAAUUCAAAAUGGAUUAAUUAUAUAUUUUCUCUCACACAUCUGCACACAAACCCCUCUAAUGACAAAGUGAAAACAUGUUUUUAGACAUUCUUGCUAAUUUAUUGGAAGUUAAAUACAGAAAUAUCUCCUUUAUGUAAGUAUUCACAUCCCUGGCAGCGAUUAUAGCUGUGAGUGUUUCUGGGUAAGUCUCUCAGAGCGAUUAUAGCUGUGAGUGUUUCUGGGUAAGUCUCUCAGAGCGAUUACAGCUGUGAGUGUUUCUGGGUAAGUCUCUCAGAGCGAUUACAGCUGUGAGUGUUUCUGGGUAAGUCUCUCAGAGCGAUUACAGCUGUGAGUGUUUCUGGGUAAAUCUCUCAGAGCGAUUACAUCUGUGAGUGUUUCUGGGUAAGUCUCUCAGAGCGAUUACAGCUGUGAGUGUUUCUGGGUAAGUCUCUCAGAGCGAUUACAGCUGUGAGUGUUUCUGGGUAAAUCUCUCAGAGCGAUUACAUCUGUGAGUGUUUCUGGGUAAGUCUCUCAGAGCUUUCCACACCUGGAUUGUACAACAUUUGCACAUUUAUUAUUUUUUAAAUUCUUCAAGCUUUGUCAAAUUGGUUGUUGAUCAUUUUCAAGUCUUGCCAUACAUAAUUAAACCACUCAGGAGCAUUCAAUGUCUUCUUGGUAAGUAACUGUAGUGUAUAUUUGGCCUUGUGUUUUAGGUUAUUGUCCUGCUGAAAGGUGAAUUCAUCUCUGGUGGAAAGCAGACUGAACCAGGUUUUCCUCUGGGAUUUUACCUGCUUAGCUCUAUUGCGUUUCUUUUUAUCCUGAAAAACUCCUAGUUCUUACAGAUGCCACAUUUUUUACAGUUUUACUUUAGUGCCAAACAGGAUGCAUGUUUUGGAAUAGUUUUAUUCUGUACAGACUUAAUUGUUUUCACUCUGUCAUUUAGGUUAGUAUUGUGGAGUAACUUCAAUGUUGUUGAUCCAUCCUCAGUUUUCUCCUAUCACAGCCAUUAAACUCCGUAACUGUUUUAAAGUCACCAUUGGCCUCAUGGUGAAAUCCCUGAGCAGUUUCCUUCCUCUCCAGCAACUGAGUUAGGAAGGACGCCUGUAUCUUUGUAGUGACUGGGUGUAUUGAUACACCAUCCAAAGUGUAAUGAAUAACUUCAACAUGCUCAAAGGGAUAUUCAGUGUCUGCUUUAAAAAAAAUCUAUCUACCAAUAUGGGCCCUUCUUUGCGAGGCUUUGGACAGCCUCCUUGGUCUUUGUGUUUGAAAUUAAUUCCUCAACUGAGGGACCUUACAGAUAAUUGUAUGUGUGGGGGUACAGAGAUGAGGUAGUCAUUCAAAAAUCAUGUUAAACACUAUUAUUACACACAGAGUCCAUGCUACUUAUUAUAGGACUUGUUAGGCACAUUUUUACUCCUGAACUUAAUUAGGCUCCUUGUCAUAACAAAGAGGUUGAAUACUUAUUCACUCAAGACAUUUCAGUUAUUCAUUUUUUAUUAGUUUGUAUAAAAAAAUUAAAAAAACAUAAUUCCACUUUGAUAUUAUGGGAUAUUGUGUGUCGGCCACUGACACAACAUCUACAUUUAAUCAAUUUUAAAUUCAGGCUGUAAAACAACAAAAUGUGUAAUAAGUCAAGGUUGUGAAUCCUUUCUGAAGGCACUGUAUAUUUGUUUAUUGCUAACACAGUUUUAAUUUGUUUUUUUAAAUUCAUUUUAUUUAGUUUUGAUUUUAUACACUGAAAUAACUGAAUGUACAUCAAGCAAGAAACUGAUCCAAUGUUGAGUUUAUGAUAGACAAGUUCUAAUGUUUUUGUUUGAGAAUGAUCAAUGUGUUAUAAAUGUAUUUGCUAGUUUGCAUUUAAACGGCGGUCACCACACAUCAUGUGGGUAAAGGAAGAAAAGCAAUACCUUAAGCUGCUUGGACAGGGUGAGACGGGAGGCAGGGCAGGGUGAGACGGGAGGGGGGACAGGGUGAGACGG